AUGUUGCCAGAAAUGACGACUGUUGGCGGUGGUGCGGUGCUCAAUAAAAAGCUGACGAAGGCGAGGGGAAAGAUGGUGAAGCCAAUAUUGAAGACAGCGAAGAACCUGAAGCUGUCGCAUUCGGAAAAGAACUCGCUGGAUCUGGAUAGAGGGUGGGAUGAGCAGUCGAUUGAGCAGCUGGAGAAUGGGGAGUGGGAUGAGAAGGCGUUCCCUGGUGGCUUAUCAGGAGGAGCAAUGGGUCUGGGUGUCGAGAGCAACGUGGUGUCUGUUCCAGGCGGCGGAAGCAGCAUUCGAGCCAAAUUCCACCACGGCCGUACGCCGUCGCAAGCUUCUACUGGCAGCGGUCCUCGCGGAGGAGCUUUCAUCCAUCCUUUUGCGCAGGCCCCGCGGACGUCGACGCCACCCUUGUCAUAUGCGAACUCGCUUGCUUCGUUUGACAAUACCGUUGCGAAUACCAUCAAUAGCACUCACAACGAGCGCAACUGCUCCCCCACUAUUACCGAGAACGAGGACGACUUUGACUCUCCCGCGCAAUACCAUAACCACAGCCAUAGCCACUCCUCUGCCCCGCCACCAGCGUUAUCAUCGCAGUCAAAUCUCUCAAAUCCCCGCCGACCAUCGCUCCAGAGCCAGCGCACCGGGUCAUACACCGAGGUACCUUCCAAAGCGCCCUCUCUCCGCAUCAAUACGACAGGUGGCACUUCCAGGUCGGCGUCAGGUGCGACUGUCAUUUCCCGACUUGCGAAUGGCACCAUCUCCACGACUAGCCAGUCCGAUCUGCAGUUGACAAACAGCGUCAGCGUGUCCUUGGGCACCACUCUCGACUCGCCAACCGGCAGUAUCGGAGCCGGAACAAUCAACAACUCAUCUUCUGGCGCCACUCAAAUGUCGCCUUUGCGCAGCUCGCUCGACAUGGCGAACUUUCCCCGACUUCGCAGCCGCUCCGAGCUGGACACGGCUAACCGCGCCGAAAAGAUCCGAGCCGCUCGCCGCAAGUUUGAGGAGCGCGAGAACAUCAAGGAGGAAAAGUACGACCGCGAGAUGAUCAAGAAGAGGGAGCGUAGGGACACCAAGGAAGCGAGUCGCAUCGAGAAGGGAGCCCCAGCCCGUCCGUCCAUCCACCGCAAGAACACUGGGAACAGCCUUAGCAAUGUUAUUUCUCCCCCCGCAUCCACCUCCAGCGGCAUCCAGGCUGUUUUUGGUAGAAAGGGCGCUUCUUGGACCGAGGGCACGACCGUCAGCAACUCUUCGCGACAGGACCUUGAAGGAGCCUACACCUCUUCUUCCGCUCCCCAGGUCGGCGGCGCCAUCAACAGGCGCCACACCGACUCGCCGAGCGGCGAGGAGCAGAUGCGCUUCAUGAGCCGCAAGUACGACAGCGUUCCGCUCGAGACGCCGCCCGCCUUCGGCCCUAAUGUCGACGCUGUGCGGUUUGAGCAGACUCGGCCGCGAAGAGGGAGCGGUCCCAAGCGGAAGACGCAGAGCUACUGGGCCGGGUUUGUGCUCUGGCUGAGGACGAAGCUGCUGAGGCUUGGUGGCCGGUAA